UGGGCACAUGGCAUCCAGGGGAGGGGUGAGGAGCAGGGAUUGGGGGUUGGGGGACAAGGUGAAUUGUCCCUGCUGGCAGCUCCCACCGUAAGCAGGAGCUGGAAUGCACUGAGCACAUACAAGAUACCCCCAGUGUCCAGCCAUCGACAUUCAGAAGUAACCUUCUGGUGCUCCAGGCUGCCAAAAUCUGCCAGUCUUCCAUCUAAGCUCAGCUCAUUCCAUUUCCAUCUGGGGACUCUCUCCCCAAGGGCCAUGCUCAUGCCCACUCUGAGCUCUGGCCGGAGCAGCUUCCCUCAGCUGCUACCCCAUUCCCAGUCUGGCCUGAGGCUGGGGAGUGUGGUGUAAAGAACACAGGUGUUGGGGCCCACGGCCAGUUUUGUGUUACAGUUCUGUGGCCAUGGGCAGAUUUCCAAACCUGACUCUAUCAGCCUGUUUCUUCAUCUGUCACGUGGAGAUAGUAACACCUAUCUCACAGAGUGUCUGUCAGGCUUUCAUGAAAUAUGUGCAAGCACAAUAGAUGUUUAAAGAAUCAUGGUUGUGUCAGUAUUUUCAUUCCUUAAGGUCAGAAUUGCCUCAGACUCUUCCAUGAAUCUCUCCCUGAAAACAGUCAAAACUCAUCUCUUACCUCUGACCUCCCUUCUGGGGGGCUCUCCUGAGUGAUUAUCUCUGCAUUAUUCUGCUUUACACUGAGUACUACUGGGCUGUUAUGUACGCUUCUUGUCAUUCUUGAGACGCUCCCUGGAGUGUAAGUUCCUGAGGGCAAGACAUUCGACUCUAGAUCUUUGCCUGCUGCUGAAGGAAUUCAGUAAGUGUGCAUUGGAUGAGUGAAUGAAUGAAUGAAUGAAUCCUCUAAUCUCUCUCUUACCAUCCUGAGUCGCUUUUUCUGUUUCCAUCUUCUCCAGUUUAACCUUAUCCACCCGCUUCCUGAGGACACAUAUGUGUUGUAAAACAUUGCAAUUAUGUUCAAUAACUCUGUAUAAAGGAAACAAGUAGCCAUAUAAUCCAUGAUAACCUGAUAGUGCUUGAAAAAAAUAAUCACCUGUUUACAUCCCAGCUUGUGUAGGGAAAUAUUUUGGCGUUGCAGGUAGCCCUUCCCCUGUGGCUGAGUAUUUGUAGAGCACUUUAAGGAGUGAAUUAAAUAAGGAACAUUCUGAGGCCCUAGCCAGGGCUUGCUUUGUGCUGCCACACAGCCUGCAGGAUGGGCCGUACAACUCACAAGGCCUCAUUGGAAUGAGGAUCCCAAAACAGUGGGCUGUAGGACCUGUAUGCGCCCUUCUCCGGCACUUAGGUGGGUGCCUAAAAUUCUAAAGGGCUUCUCAGCAGCUCCCUUCCCACAGCGGGAGGGGAGGUGCAUCAUUAUCCGUGCGAGGGCAGUGCGAUUUCCCCUUUUCUUUGGAGUCUUGGUCAGCACUGGCCUAUCAGUGCAACAGAUCAGCCCUGUUCUAAGGCCUUGCCAAACAACACAGCCGCCUACCCUUGAUCUCCACUUUCAGUGAGACAAAGACUGGAUCCAGUCUUUGGAAAUGACAACUUUGUCUUUACCUUGGGCUGAAUCAAAUUACAAAGCGGCCCUUCCUCCCCAUGCAAGAGGAAGCCUUGUCUUCAGCUAGGGUGGCGGUGAAGGUGAUAGAGUGGGUGAAUAGGGCUGGGGUAGGGAGAUACUACGGGGUUAGGUGGUGAAAUUCUUCCAAUAAAUCUAUAAAAAUAAAAUUCAGCUGUGAACACAUGGUAAGCACAAACAGGAAAGAGUAAGCUGGCAAUGUGCCAUUGGACUGGCGAGAAGAGGGUGAAGUGAAUGUAUACCCAGUUUUUUGGGGUUCACCCAGAAAUCUGGGGCAAACACACCAGCCCACCUGUGAGAGGGGCCUGAGAUUUGUCAUGCCCUUGAGUGGCUUAACAAUCUUUUUAAGCUCAUUUAUUUCUAUGGUCCUUGAAAUAAGGAACUACAGGAAGCUGGAUUUGCUCAGCAUUCAGGAUACUUUCCUUCCCAUGGUUUCAGGCCAGGAACUGUCAGUCUCGGCUCGUCUUACACUAGCGUGGGAGCCCCUCUGACGUCUCCGGGCUGCUCACCCCACCACCAGCACCACUUCCUGUCAUCAGAGCUGUGACUUCCCCUCUUCCUGCCAAGACUGUGGUUUGCAGACGCUGAGCUGAAUGCUUCUUGGACCCACAGCCUCUCUCAUCCAGUUCCAGCCCUUCCUGGCCUGGACCAGAGGAAGCGUGGCAGCCACAAAGCAUGCUGCCUCCUGACACCUCCUCCGCCCCCACUGUUCCCGCCGCCAUUCUUCAGAGCCGGGCGAGGUCUGUCUCCCACAGCUGGUGCUAACAGGGACCAUUGGGACCAUUGCCAUGAGGUGAUGCAGAAACAGUCCCCCUGUAGCCAUACUGAAGUAUAAGAGGAAACAGAAUUUCGGAAGAGAGGACAGGAGCAGGAUUUGGGAAGACAACAGUCCAGCUUCUCUUCCAAGACAUGAAGAAUCUCCUCCUGGAACUCGAAUCCACACAGUCCUCGUGCAUGCAGGGAUCACUCAGCUCCCCUGGGCCUCCUGGCCCCCAGGGUCCACCAGGGCCUCCUGGCAAGACAGGGCCAAAGGGAGCGAAGGGGGAGCUUGGCCUACCAGGAAGGAAGGGGAGACCUGGCCCCCCGGGUGUUCCUGGUAUGCCUGGGCCGGCCGGCUGGCCAAGCCCUGAAGGACCCAGGGGUGAGAAAGGUGACCUGGGUGUGAUGGGUUUGCCAGGGUCAAGAGGACCAAUGGGCUCCAAGGGCUCCCCCGGAUCCAGAGGGGAAAAGGGGUCCAGAGGCGAAAGGGGUGAUCUGGGUCCCAAAGGAGAAAAGGGUGUCCCGGGAUUUCCUGGAAUGUUGGGGCAGAAAGGUGAAAUGGGUCCAAAGGGUGAGCCUGGGAUAGCAGGACACCGGGGACCCAGAGGAAGACCAGGAAAACGAGGCAAGCAGGGGCAGAAGGGAGAUAAUGGAGUUAUGGGUCCGCCGGGCAAGCCUGGGCCGUCUGGUCAACCUGGCCGAGCAGGCCCCCCAGGCCCUCCGGGGCCCCCAUCCGCAGGACAACUUGUAAUGGGACCCAAAGGGGACAGAGGAUUUCCGGGGCCUCCAGGAAGAUGUCUCUGUGGAACCCUCAAUGUGAACGACCCUUCCCACGGGGAGCCCAUGCCCGAGCCCAGCUCCCCACGAGUUCCUGUGAUUUUUGUGGUUAACAACCAGGAGGAGCUUGAGAGGCUGAACACCCAAAAUGCCAUUGCCUUCUGCAGGGAUCAGAGGUCUCUGUACUUCAAGGACAGCCUUGGCUGGCUCCCUAUCCAGAUGACCCCUUUCUACCCUGUGGACUACACCAUAAACCACGCUGGCUCCUGUGGGGAUGGGGUCCUGCAGCCCGGGGAAGCCUGUGACGACGGGAACGCCGACAUGAGUGACGACUGCAUCAGCUGUCACGGGGCCUACUGUGGAGACGGUCACCGGCACAAGGGCGUGGAGGACUGCGACGGUGCGGACUUUGGCUCCCUGACCUGCGAGACCUAUCUCCCAGGGUCCUACGGAGACCUUCAGUGCACACAGUACUGCUACAUCGACUCCACGUCCUGCCGUUACUUCACGUGAGGGAUGCGAGCAGGAGGAGGGCGCUGUGCCUUCCAAUUGGCAGCGGCCUCCCCGCCCUCAUCAAACCAGCCUCACACCAUCCUGGUCCAGCUGCCACCUUCGUGUGACAAAAACAGGGCAAACUCUUGCCAUUGAGACACCCUUUUGCCUCAGUCUGACUGGAAGAUCAGGGCCACUGCCUCCUGUCUUAACCGAAGGACCGGAAAACUGCCACACGUCUGGCCUGGGAAUUGUUCCCCAUCGCUACCACCUGGCUGACACCUGGCCUGUGGUGCUCUUUCUCUUCUGGCAUGCUGCUGGCCCAGGCCGUGGACUUGGCUGAUGCUGUUAGACACAUGUGGGCUGCAGGGCUGCUAGAGCCUGCGCUCACCCCGUUCGGGGCAGCUGGUGUCCAUGCCCGCCUCUCCAUGCCUCUGACCUCCAGGAGGAGGCAUCUUCAUGCAGGGCAGCUGGGUCUCUCCAGGUCUGCGAACCGCAGAGCAGGAGGAGGGCCCAUUCUCUCUGUGGGAAUCCCAGCUCUGGGCCCCUGGAGGGCCCUCAACCGACCAGAGCCCGGCACAGCCUCAUGUGGCUGCAGCUCCCCAAGAAGACAGUCAGCUGUCGAGAGCACUGGAAGGCCGCCAAAGCUGCACUCUGCCUGGCUGGAGGUGGAGCCUCAGUGGGGUGGGCCUUAUGCUCUUUUCCCACAGGGGUGCCUCUCAUGGUUCCACCCUCCCUGGCACCAUCUUGACCUCAUGGCUUCCUGCACUCUGACCUCUGCCUUGAAGAUGCCUCUCACGUCCAUUGCUUGUUCAGGAGCUUUCCUGGCAGAGUGAUGUCCUGAGUGCACACCUGGGCAGGCUGCUGGUGUUUCCUCAGCCCCUGGCGGAAUGCCACCCCGUGUUCCCCCCUCUGGGCCCUUCUCCUGGGUGCUCAGGACAGAGGUGGCGUCUGUCCCGAAGGCCGGGGCCUGUGUCUCUGUGACGCAUAGCCUGGCCCUCCUGUCUGUGCCUGAGUCCGUUUCUACAGGACCAUGGGGCCAGCAUGACUGUGGGCUGCCUCACCACCAUCUUUCCUGAGGGGGCUUAGCUUUGUGUUGGAAGGACUUCCUCCUCCGUGGCAAACCUCAAAUGGGAUUUGCCCAUUUAUGACUCUUGGGCUUUUGUAUGGAGAUAUUUAAUGUGCCUGAGUCCUGGGAACUCAACAGACAGGAGUUUCUGGCCCAGUGGGCCAUCAUGUUGGUGGUCUAUAGAGGGAACAGCCUAAAGGUGGGGUCAUCCCAGGUGGGCACAUUGAUCAGCCCGGUUCCCUUUGCCUCCACUGCAAGGUCCUGGGUGAUGAUGCUACCACAUAAAGCCAUCCCCUUUAUAGCAGGGUCUCCAGAUGGGAAGUCAAGAAAUAAAGGUGGUUCAUUUC